GCCGUUUUGAAAAACAAAGGUACCUAAACAGCAGAGAAUAGAGGAAACAAAUCCAUCCGAUCCCAAAAUGGAAGAUUUAUGGAAGCGAGCAAAGUCCUUCGCGGAAGAAGCGGCGAAGAAAUCGCAAACCUUAACAACGCCAAACAAAAUCGCCGAUCUAGUCGCCGAAACAGCCAAGAAGUCCAAGGAGCUUGCUCUGGAAGCCACUAAGAAAGCCGAUGAGCUCAAAACCGCCGCUCUCAAACAAGCCGAUCAAAUCCAAAUCCAAAGCAUCUCCAAGUCCAUUUCCGAUAUUAUCCCUCCCCAACUCUCAUCCCUCUCCAUUACCUCCUCCGCCUCCACUUCCUCCGAUCCUCCACCAAUCUCCGAUUCGGAGCUCAGGAAGUUUGGUCUCACCAAUGAUUUGAGAGAUUUUGUCAGAGGCUUUACUUCCAGUACUUUCCAGAACUUCCCUUUCCCUGUCCAAGAUGAACCGGAUCCGUCCGAUGCGACGACUACGGGGUCCAAUGUACGGAAGGAUCUGAGUGAAUGGCAAGAGAGGCAUGCUACUCUUGUUCUUACUACUGUUAAGGAAAUCAAGAAAUUAAGAUAUGAACUGUGUCCGCGUGUGAUGAAAGAAAGAAAAUUUUGGAGGAUAUAUUUCACUCUUGUUAGCACUCACGUCGCCCCUUAUGAGAAGCAGUACAUGGAGGGAGUUAAACAGAGAGCAGAGGUAAAAGAGGAUAAAUCAAAGCAAACACCUGUAGUUGAGACAGAAGAGCUGGAAAAUGGUCUGAAACAUAAAACUUCCAGCGCAUCUGCUGAACAAGAUUUGGAUACAUUUUUGUUGGGAGAUUUUGAAGAUAGUGAUGGGGGUGGAGAUGAUGGUGAUGGUGAUGCAGAUGCUGAUGGGAGCUUUGGUGAUGAUUUUGACAAGAUUGAAAAUUCUGAUGUUGAAGAUGAGAAAAGGAAUCCAGGGGGAACUAAAGCUUAGAAUUGCAGUAAGAGGAAACACAUUGGAGUAAAACUUCAAACUUUACUGCUAUGGCGAGAAAAAGACUUCAGAAGGGAUAGCAGAAGCAGUUGCCGGUUCUCAAAAUUUGAUUAGUGGUUGGGAUUUGGUACUGUGAUGUAUAUGUUUGCUUUAUGCAAGAGAUAUGAUUUGCUAUUUGUUCAUUUGUUUAACUCUAUAAACAAUUGCAGGUUCUGAUACCUGUUUGCCAGGGAAUGAGGGGAGGCUAGAACACCAUUAUUUGCUUUGUACGGGGAAUCUCAUUCUAGUAAUCAAAUUGAUCUUGUUAAUA